AUGGCAACCCCUGGCCCUCAGCUCACGUUAGACGCGUCCAAAAUGCAAUUAGUGGCCGAUCUGGAGAUCGAGAUGAUGUCCGAUAUGUACAACCGGAUGACCCGCGCCUGUCAUAAGAAGUGCAUUCCUCCGAAGUAUAGGGACUCUGAGCUGAACAAAGGCGAGUCCGUGUGCAUCGACAGGUGUGUCGCCAAGUAUUUGGACGUUCACGAGAAGAUCGGCAAAAAGUUGACCACUCUUUCCAUGCAAGACGAAGACAUGAUGAAGAAGUUGCAGCAACAACAGGAUGUGCUCUCACAGACUCCCAACCAGUCACCCAAUUGA